AUGCAUUUGGAAGGUUUUACAGUUGAGCUGCUGGUUGAUGGGAUACCUCUUGAGGAAUAUAGUGAACCCAUCCAAGAACAAGCUACUCGUGCGGACAGUUCAUAUAUCAGAGAUGCAGAUACACAUGAGCCGCGGAUAAGUGAUAAAAUAGUGUAUGCGGCGGUCAGAGAUCCGAACGCGGACUUUAAAGUUCGAUUUUCAGGUUCAACCCACAACAAUAAUAAUGGUCUGUUAUCAGCAAACGUACACAUUGAUGGCGAAUAUGAUUGGACAUACACUGCAUUAGCCAGAAGCAGCAGCAAUAAUAGCACCACGAAAUCAGUAUCACAAGGUUCCUUCGAGAAUGAAGAAGAAGGAAUAAAAAAACAAAAAUUCAAAUUCGGUACGAAGCAAUGGACCGGAAAGAAUGGGGCACUCGAAGUUGGUAGCUUUGGGGUUGUGUCGGUAAUCUUUUAUAAAGCUCGACGAGUGGUGGAGGAAGGUGAGCCAUUGGCUAUUUUGCAUUUGCAUUACCGUUCAGUUGAAUGGUUAAAGAUGAAGGGAUACGAUAUUCCCGAGAAGACAAAUGAGGAAGAACACAUGAUGAUAGAAGAAGAAACGCAAGAGAAUCAAGAUAACAUUCAACAAAGACAAUUACCAGAAAAACAGUCAGCAACAUUCUCUAUUUUGGACAUUGCAACAUAUGGAUGGUCACGAUUAAAAUCAAUGACCAGAACCAUAUUCUGA